AUUCGCCUUGGACAGUAUCAGAGAAAGCCCGAGACAGAUUCUUAUGAGCCAGAACCAAUCAAAACUGUGGAAGGGGUUCUACAGAGAGCUUUUGCCAAAACUUUGGACCCCAUCUCCCAGUUUGUCCUCAAUGAGGCUAGGCCCCGCCUGUCCCUGUCUUUGGUGGGCAUGUUCAAGACCUGCCUGGGCCUCCUUAGUUCGAUGCUGGCCAACAACAACGAGAUCGGCGGUGAGCUGCACAUCGAGAGGCUAUACUUAUUCUGCCUCAUCUGGACGUUUGGUGGACUUCUGGACAGCGCGGACAGGAAGUCGUUCAGUGACAUCCUGAAGAACCUGUCUAAUGCCCUGCCAGAUGAUGACCGAGACAUCUGUGCGUUUGAUUACUAUGUAGAUGAGUCGGGAGAAUGGGAUCCAUGGACCUCAAAAUUGCCAGAGGCUGUGUAUGCAGACAACCAGGACAUGCUGGGGGAGGUGUUUGUACCCUCUGUAGACACAAUCAGAACGAGGAAUCUGAUGGAGUUUGCCUCCUUCUCUGGCCUUAAUGUGCUGCUUGUCGGAGCCAAUGGAUCCGGAAAAACCAAGCUUAUUGAAGAGUUCAUUGACUACAUGGAAAGACUGGACCCUCAGGCUGCAGUGUGGAAGAGACUGGUAUUCUCCGGAGCCUCCACGGCCAAACAGCUACAGUCAUUCCUAGAGUCCAACAUCUACCACAGACAAGGCUUUGUGUACGGAGCCAAAGACAAGAAGAAACUGAAGGUGUUCAUUGACGACGUCAACCUGCCAGUUCCUGACGACUACGAUGUACAGAGAUGUAAUGAGUUGCUACGACAACUGCUGGAUGACAAGAUUCUGUGUAAGCUACAGAAGCCAUUUGAGAUGAAGACAGUGGAAGGACUCAGCAUCAUCUCGGCCAUGUCUAUGUCGGAGCAGGCCAGCGUCAGCAGCCGACAGCUCUCCGACAGGCUGCUGAGACAUUUUGCAGUCUUCAAUCUGCCAACCCCACAGGACGAUGCAAUGAAGAGCAUUGUACAUGGCAUCUUAGAUGUGAACAUGACGGAUGGCGACAGGCCUGGCCUUGACAUUGACCUCCACAAUGGGCUGGUCAAGGCUUCCUGUGAACUGCUGAAGGCCCUUCAGAACGUCCUGCGACCUUCACCCAUGCACGGCAGACGACACUAUCUCUUCACACUCAAAGACAUCACCACCUGCUUCCAAUGUGUGAAGAAAUUACCAGAAGAGAGUCGGGCUGAUGAGACACUGAUACCUGUUAUAUCUCUAUGGUGACACGAGAUGCACCGAAUCAUCCGAGAUCGUCUGAGUCGAACUUCUGACCUGAUUUGGUUUGACACAACAAUUCAAGAGAUUAUUGAACAGACCUGGCCCAACCUAAAGGAGUCUUUCCUGGAGUACUUUGUGACUAUCCCAAUGGAUGCCAGGCUGUACCAGCGACCAGUCACGUCUGUGGGCACCAAACACAUCAAGGUGACCCUGCAGCCGAUUGAGAACCUGAGGGACGUUCACAGUUGUUUGAACACCCACCUGACCCGCUACAACGAGGAGUUCGGGAACGUCCGCCUGGACGUCAUGCUGUCUAACUUCAUCAUCUCACACGUCAUCAGGAUGCACAGAGUUCUCAGCUUCCAUCACGGUGGUAACAUGCUGUUGAUAGGAACUGUAGGGUCCCACCUCUCCACAUUGUGUAAGCUGGCUCUCCACGUGGCUGAUGUCCCUAUCCACAAGAUGGACACCUCCAUGCGGAGCAACUUCUUUGAUGAACUGAGGUCUGCUGUCAGACUGUGUGGAUCAGAGGGGAAAAUCCUGGCCCUACUCUUCACUGCGCGUGACUUGGAGGAUCCAGUUUAUCUAGACGCCAUUAACAGUUUGCUGAUCAGUGGGGAAUAUCCACACCUGUUUACUAACGAUGAAAUGGAGGGGCUGCUACAGGCCAUUGGUCCAGCCAUGAAGAGAGAGUUCCCCAGUCUGUCUGUGGAUCCAAUGAAAUUCUUCGUCGCCAGAGUGAAGAGUAAUUUGCAUAUUGUGAUGUGUCUGCAGCCAAUGAACAGUCUUCUGAAACUCUCUGCCAGUCAGUACCCUGGUAUGCUGAGUGGCUGUGCCAUCAAUUGGAUGUGUGACUGGCCACAAGAAGCUUUGCUGGGAGAGGCGUCAUACUUCAUCACCCGCUAUCAACUCACAGAGGAGUUUGAGAAUCUCAGUGAGAAGGUGACCUCCUGCCUGGCCAACAUCCACAGCUUCGUCCUGAGGGACUGCGCCCAGCUCCCCUGGGCUGGCGACCUCAGCGAGGAGAUCAACAUCAAUCAGGUCAAGGUCGAGAAGAAGAAGGACCAGCAGAUCGUCAAGUUCCUGCCGGCCAAGGUACCUAACCUGCCCUACUCCAAGGUCCUGCUGCAGGAAAGGAUCAAGUUACAGCACAGAUCAGACAACAUGAAGGCUAAGAAUGAGACCUACGUAGGUCCCACCACCUUCAGGCGCUUCAUGGAGACCUUCAAGUACCUCUACAACCUCAAGUCCCAGGAGAGGACCGAGACAGUUGACCAACUCAAGAGAGUUCUCCACACUCUUGAUCAGACCCGCCACGAUGCCAAAAUCAUGAAAAAGGCCAUUAAAACCAUCACCUCCAAGUUUGAAGAUGCCAAGAAGACGACCAGCAACCUGAUGAAGCAGCUCACAACCAAAGCAACGGCGCUGGAGAAACUGAAGUCUCGUGUCACACAGGGCACAGACCUCGAGGCCCACAUGAAACUAUACAUGACAGAGAGCGAAGACGAGGAAGAGGAGAUACUUCUGCAAGAAGAGUAUGAUGAUUAUGACAAGGAGUUUGACAAGAUGAGAGAGGCUAAGUUGAAGAAUCGACAGGCUGUGGCCAAGGACGAGUAUGUGCAGGCCCAGAAAACUGUGGAGGAGUGCAGGCAGAACCUGGAGUAUGCAAGGCAACAGGUCAUCAUCUGGAAAGGCAAGGUGGACAGGGCCUGCAUAGAGAGGCUGCGCGGAUUUGGCAAUCCUCCAACAUUGGUCGGCCAGGUGAUGGAGAUGGUGAUGAUACUGAUCGGCAAGCGUCUGCCGUCCCAGCGACUGUACGAAACUCGGGAGCUGACAGGCAAAGAGGAAAUGUCCAGCCGCAUGUCAUCAAGCUCCAGCAGCACCAGGAUCGGUGUCAAGAAAGAAAACCAGAUUGGAUACGGUAAAAAAGAUGGUAGUGACAAGUUCGAUCGCGCCCAAUGGAAAGCCAUGCAGCAGACCAUGAGUGACACGCCCAAAUUUGUUGACAUGUUGCACAAUGUAUCAUGGGAAGAUGGCCUAUCAGAUGAUGUUCUAAGGGCUGUCGAGAGCUAUCUGGCUGUCUCUAGGGAAGGUCAACUUGGGGUCACAGGGGAAGGAACUCUGUUGGACCAUGCUCAGGAAACAACAUUUGCUGCCAAGAAGCGGACUCCCUCUCCGGAUGGCACUAAGGGUAUCACCAUUGCGAGCGCCAAGUACAGCAGCGAGGACUGCGCCACCCUCGUACAGUAUACCAUUGCCAUUGUGGAGUACACCCGCCUCUGUGGACCAUUGAAGGGGUCCCUCGAAAAACUGCACGAACUGGAGCGAGAGAUCGAGGAAAACGAGCGCUUGCAGAAGGAGAGUCAAGAAGAGCGACUUCGGAGGUCAAAAUUGACACCGUCACCUAAACCACAGUCAAAGGUGAUGGAGGAGCGUUCUCCCACCCCCGAGCCAGAGCCUGACUAUGUAGAGUCAGACCUUCCCGGUCUACAGGACACUGUGAACAGCCUCCAGAAACAGUUCGACCAAUCGGUGGUGGAAAAACACUCCCUGGAGAUGGAGCUACAGUCCAUGAACGAACGACUCAAAGCCGCCACAGAAAUGGUCGACAGUCUAAAGCCACAGGAGGCGUCGUGGAGGAAGCAUGUGAAGGAGAAUGACUGUAACGAAAUGUUGGUGGCCAACUGUGUGACCGCCUCAGCCUUCCUGGCGUACUGCGGACCCGCCAGUAUCGACGUCAGGAAGAGAAUGGGCGAGUUCUUCAUGCAGGUGUGUGAAUUCCAUGGCCUGCCCAUGCCCAGGAACAAACUGUUCAGAAACAUGGAGCUGAUCACCUUCCUGUACAAACCUAUGGAUGUGAUUCGGAUGGAGACGAUGCAUCUGUCCAUCACUAAGCUGAUGCUGGAGAACGCCUGCUUCCUGAUGCAGCGGGACAGCAUGGUGGCUUGGCCCCUCAUCUGUGACCCCACCAGUCGCGUCCUGGACUGGCUUCGGAACUUCUACGGAAACACCGGACUUGUGGAGGUCAAGUACUCUGAGAUUCGGUCUCAGUUUGAGAACUGUCUAGCGGAGGGCUGCCCCCUACUGGUGACCGACUGCGACACCAAACAGCUGGCCAAGGACAAGCGGUUCCGCGACGCCAUCCAGAGCUGUAAACAGUUCAUCAACGGCAAACUCAAGUUCAAGAUCACUGUGGAAGAUCAUGAAGUGGAGUGUGAUCCACGUUUCCGCCUGUUCCUGCACACCACGGUGGAGCCACACAUUGUACCACGACAUCUUGCGGCGUACACCUCCGUCAUCUACUUCCAGCGCUCCCGCGCGGACAUCGAGGAAACUCUGCUGGACAGAUUCAUCUUCCAGGAAAAAUCCAAACUGGAGGAAGAAAGGGUGUCCUUGCUCCAGGAGAGGAAAGAGAACUUGGAGCUGAUGGAGAAACUAGAGAAGUCCAUGUUGGAGAGUCUGUCCAGCGACAUCCGACUGAUGAACGAACUCCCCGCCACCAAAAAACUGGCCGAACUCAAAAAACAGUACGACGAAACACUGGAUAGCCAAGAGCGAGUUGAGUCUAACGAGGCCACAAACACCAGGAACCGAGAGUUGUCGCGCGAGUUUGCACGGAGGGGAGCAGUGUGUUUCCAUGUGAUGCAGUACUUACGUGAGGUGAACCCUCUUUACCAGGUCUCCUACCAUCAGUUCCAGCAGCUCUACGACUCCGCCAUUGCCCACUCUGAGAGGGCUCAGAGAGCAGAGGAAACUCUAGAGAAGAUCACACACAUGGCGUACACUACAUUUGCCCGGGGCUUGUUGGAGAGAGACAGAUUCAUAUUCACCCUGCUGCUGGCUAUUGAGGUUGAGGAUUCCCUUGGUAACAUAGGACCGGGUGAGCGAGAAUUCCUGGUCUCUCCAAACUACAGCGCGGUUGUCAUGACUAAACUUGGCUUCACCCAACCCCCAGACAGCAAGAUUGUCCAGAUGAAGAAGCCGUUCGACUGGAUGCACGACGACCAGUUCCACAACCUGCAGGUUCUCGCCACGCACUUCGAGUGGUUCCAGGAGAAAUUCGAACGCAUGCCUAAAGAUGGCCGCGAGAUGGAGUGGAGGAUGCUGUGUGAUAACGUAGAGAAGGAGCCGGAGAACAUGCCCCUCCCCGAUAAGAUGGACAGCAAGGACUUCGCCCCCAUGAAGCGGCUGCUGGUGGUGCGUGCGGUCAGGAGCGACCGUCUAAUGCAGGCCUCCACCGUAUUCAUACACAGGGUGCUCGGCAAGAACUGGUCUAAUGUAAAUUUAAAGAAGGACUAUAGUGGCAUUCUCCAGGGCCCAGAGCAGGAUUACACGGGGUACUAUGGUGACAUGGGACUGGACCUGUCGGUGAUGUACAAACAGAGCGCCCCUGUCCCCCCCUCCACCCUCUCGCUCCCCAUCCUCCUGCUCUACUCCUUCGAGGCAGAGGCCGCCCAGAGCCGUUUCUUGGACUUCUCCGGGCGGCGACAGGCACCGCGACUGAUGGUUACCAUCACGGACAACUCCCAGGCCACGCGCAGCAAGGUCAGGAAAACCAUCAGGAAGGCCAUCGCAGAGGGAUCCUGGGUGUACCUCCAUAAUGCUCACAACGCGCCCAACGUCCUGAACAGUCUCGAGUCAUUCCUGGUGGAGAAGCCAAACCCCGAGGGAUUCCGCCUGUGGGUGGCGUGUCAGGCCGACCCCGAGGUUAUUCCGGUCAGACUGCUCCAGAACUCCAUCAAGGCCGUGGUCGACACACCAAAGGUGAUGAAGGACAGCAUGAUUCGGUCAUUCUCCUGGUUUGAGCCUGACAUACUCAAACAGUCGUCACGCCCAGAGUGGCCGGUGAUGCUGCAUAAUCUGUGCUUCCUCCACGCGGCCAUUCAGCUGAGGGCAAGGUUUGGACAGGGGGGCUGGAACUGUCCCCAGGACUUCUUCAACAUUGGCUACAGCUGUCUACAGGAGGCACUUGCCAUCGUUCAGAAUGAGUUCAAGGAACCACUGACCUCAGUGGCGCCCGACGGCUCCCAGAAUUCUCGCUCUGUCUCCUACAACGGCAUCAGAUACAUGGUCGCUGAGAUCGUGUAUGGCAGUCAUGUGACGGACUUCUACGACCAGCAGAGUUUGUGUGCUAUGGUGGACUUCUGGCUGUCCUCGGGGGCCCUCAAAAGGGACUUUGAGGUCAAAGGACUGAAGUACCGUCAUCCACAAGCUUUCUUUAAUCCAAACGUUCGGCUGAACACCCUGAUCCAGGCACUUGAUGGCGCUCCGAAUCACAAUCUGGACGUUCCCGAGGGCUGUCACAUCCACCAGACCAUCGUGGAUGAACUUAGUGCGACCCUGCUUGGAGAUGACCAGUACGUGUUCACGCGGCUGAACAAGGUGUUCGACAGCAUGCCCUCUACGCUGACCCUGUCCCACAAGAUGUUCCCGCGACCACCCACCCCGUUCGACGGCCCAGCCCAGGCAGGAAUCAGUAAAACUAGUAACAACCCAUCCGUGGUUCACCAGGGGGUCUUCUCCACCGCCAGCUACGCCACCCACAAAAUCCGCUUCAAGGACGUGGAGCUGUGGCAGAUCUGCAACGACCUGCUGCAGAAAACGCCCAAAAUCGGCAACAGUAGCAAGUCUUUCCGCGAGUUUGUUGUGGAGAAAAUCCGUAAGCUGCCAGGAGACUACCCCAUCUUUAAUGACUUCAUCAUGAAGGAGUGCGAGAUUCUACAUCAACUGUUGACUGAAGUCAGAAACACCCUCACAACAAUAAGGAACGCCUGUGAGAACAACGUGAUGGGUGACCAGUUGAGUGACCACUACCUGUCCGCCGCGGACGACCUGUACCACCUGAGGAUUCCAAGGAUCUGGUGUAAGAUGACCGGCACCACAGCACCACCCUACACCUACAAUGCCGCCCAGUGGCUCCGAGAUCUGGAGGACCGCUGGAAACACUUUGAAAAAAUCCUCAGCAUGGGUAGAAAAGCAAUGCCAGCCUACUGGCUAGGAGCGUUCUUCAAUCCUAGAGGACUCCUAGCUUUGCUGAAGCAGGAGGCCAUCAAGAACUACUGUGGGGACAGGUCAGGCAACUUUGAACAGUUCACCUUCCAAACCGACACCACAUUCAGAGACUUUGGACAUCUCCUCCAACCUCCACCAGAGGGUGUCUACAUCCACGGAAUCCACCUAUGGGGCUGCUCCAUCGAGAAGACGACCAAUGAGUUCCAGGACCAGGCCUCACGCCAGGGAUACGCCCCUCUCCCCGUCCUCCAUCUCCAGUGCUACCCAGUCAACGAGAAGCCGGCCCUACAGGAGCCCUCCUUCCAGUGUCCCUUGUAUGCGUCCAGAAUUGCCCCACGUGACCCAAUCAUGGAAAUCGACAUUAAGAAGGAGGGAAUUCCGCCCAUGAGGUGGGCUCUGCGUGGACUGACUGCCACUAUAUGGCCGUAUUAAAUGACAAAGAACAAUGUAGUGUGACUUUGCUGGAGAGUUUUGAAUUUUCUCUCUAUAAAUUGUGAAUGUUUUAGUAAUUUUGCUUAAAGUUAAUUGACCGGAAUAGAUCUGAUUUUCCAAGAUCUUUGAUAAAAAACUGUUGUUGGUUUUAAAUUAUCUAAAUGUGAUUCUUAUCUAUAUGUUUUUUAACUGGUAUGCAAUACAUUAUCAUAGCAUUAUGUAGCCAAAUCCCAUUCCAUGGAUUUACCGACUAUUAAUUUUGUAUGUGUGAAAAUCCGUCCAGUUUUAUUUUACACUGUGAUAAAAUAUAUAGGGAGGACUGUAGACUCCCUAAAGCCUAACGAUUUAUUUAUAGAACGUUGGUUUUCCUUGACAGUGAUGCAUUAAGUAUUUGUUUAUACCCUUGUUGAUAUUUUAUAUAUUUAAAAUAUUAAAAGUAUGUACAUUUUUUUUCUGUAUUUUUCAUGCCUAUGUGUCAAAAGUUUUACAAGCUACUGAUUUCAAUUAAAAUUGAAUGUUGUUGAA